AUGCUUGGUCAGGCUUUUCAUGGAUUUAAAGCUCAUUAUCCGAACGUGAACCAUACUAUUUCAUCCACCACAGCAUUUACGAACCGUCCAUUGAUGUUGAGCAACGAAGCUAAGUUUGCAAUGAAUUUUUUAUUUUGCUUUACUUUACUUAUUCUACCAAAAAUAUACCCAAAAAUCUCUUUAAAAAAUUCAGUGAUAACCCAAAUGAUUGACUCCAUUGAAAAACCAAGUUGUCAGCAACAAAUUAGUUGA